CAGAAAUAGAGUCCUCGGAGAUUGCUGAAUUGGCCCACUCGGUUUUAAUUGCCGUUGUGGCAUGUGGUCGGGACGCGUCAGCGGCGCUUUAUAUUAUACGGUAUAUAUGUGUAUUUUCUGCCUGCCUGGAUUUGCUAGAGAGAUGCUUAAUUAGUCUAAACACUGUCGCUCGUUAGAAAUAACAACAUGAAGCUCGCGCUCGCUGCUGCUGCCGCGGGCCUUGUUGGCCAGGCUGUGGCCGAUGUCGACCCUAUUGUUAUCAAGGGCUCUAAAUUUUUCUACUCCAGCAACAACACUCAAUUCUACAUCCGCGGCGUCGCAUACCAACGUACGCCCACAAUCAACCCAACCCACUCGAUAUACAGCACUAACCCUAGCAGAGGACUACUCGGCAAACAGCACGUCGUCCAGCUCAGACACAGACUACAAAGACCCGCUGUCCGACUCAACCGCGUGCAAGCGCGACGUGCCCAUCCUGCAAGACCUAAACACCAACACCAUCCGCGUGUACGCCAUCGACCCAACAGCCGACCACAAGGAGUGCAUGUCGCUGCUCGCCGACGCAGGGAUCUACGUGAUCGCCGAUCUCUCGGACCCAUCGGACAGCAUCAACCGCAAUGAUCCGCGUUGGGAAACGGCGCUUUAUACGCGGUACACGAGCGUCAUUGAUGAGAUGGCCGGGUAUACGAACACGCUGGGGUUCUUUGCGGGCAAUGAAGUGUCGAACACGGUUGCGACGACGGACGCGAGUGCCUUUGUUAAGGCUGCAGUGCGGGACAUGAAGGCUUAUAUCAAGAGUAAGAACUACCGCUCUGGUCUGGGUGUGGGCUAUGCGACGAACGACGAUAAGAGCAUCCGCGAGGCCAUGGCGGAUUACUUUAACUGUGGUGAUGAAGAGGAUGGGAUUGAUUUCUGGGGGUAUAACAUCUAUUCCUGGUGUGGGGAUAGUAGUUACUCGGCGAGUGGUUAUAAGGAUCGCACAGAGGAGUUUCAGGAUUAUUCGGUUCCUGUCUUCUUUGCGGAGUAUGGAUGCAAUGAUGUUACGCCCAGGAAGUUCACCGAGAUUGAUGCGUUGUUUGGUACUCAGAUGAAUGAUGUCUGGUCUGGGGGUAUUGUUUAUAUGUACUUCCAGGAGGCGAAUGACUAUGGUCUCGUCUCCGUCGUCGACAGCACCAGCGUCUCCAAGCUCGCCGACUACAGCUACUACUCCAGCCAGAUCAACGCUGUCUCAGCAACCGGAACAAACAAGGCCUCAUACACACCAACAAACACAGCCCUACAAUCCUGUCCCCCUGUGAGUUCCGGAACCUGGCUUGCAACCGCCUCCCCGCUCCCUCCAACCCCAAACACAGACCUGUGCAGCUGCAUGGACGCCGCAAACGCCUGCGUGGUCGACUCCUCCGUCAAGGCCACCGACUACGCAGACCUCUUCUCCGUCGUCUGCGGGAUGACUGAGUGCACCGGUGUCUCUGCGAACGGCACCACGGGCUCCUAUGGCGCGUACGGGAUGUGCCAGCCCAAGCAGCAGCUUAACUGGGCACUGAACAAGUAUUACAGCGAGCAGGGCGCUGCGUCGGCUUGUGACUUUAGUGGGUCGGCGAGUACGACUUCAACUACCCAGCCUACUGGCACCUGUAGCUCGAUGAUGAGCCAGGCUGGUACUGCGGGUACGGGCACUGUUACUGCUACUGGGUCUGGCUCUGCGGCGAGUGAGACUGGCAGCUCUGGAGCUGGUCGUCUCCAAGUUGGUGGUGCUGGUGUUGUUGCUGCCGUCCUAGGUGCUCUUCUUUAGACUGUUCCUAGUUCUGUUUUAUUGUCGUCGCCGAUGAUAGCAACAUUAAUUGGUGUCUCGACGUUCAUUCUUUGGUUAUAUCUUUCCUGUGUUCACUUCCCUUCUUAUGCAUUUGACUUUCAUUUAUUGUAUAUCUAUUCACCAGUUGUAGAUAGAUAGUUAAAGAGGCAGUAUAUCUAUUUAAGCGCCCUCCUCUUCAAAAUCGCCGAAUUCUCAUUAAGCGA